AUGCCUUGGAAAGACAAGCUCAAGCAAUUAAAGGGCGAGUUUGAUAGUCUCGUGUCGGGUGGGGGCCAGUCGUCGCACGCGCAGGCGCCGCCCCCCGGCCACUACCAGCAGCAGCAGCAGCAGCCACCGGGCUAUGGCUACGGCCCCGGCCCCGGACCCGGACCCGGACCCGGACCCGGACCCGGCUACGGCUACGGCCAUGGUCCCGGUCCCGGCCAUGCGCCGCCCAACGCUCCUCCGCCCGUGCCGCCUCACCCUCCGCAACAGACGCGUCCGGGCGAGCAGGAGCAGCAGCAGCAGCAGCAGCAGCAGCAGCAGCAGCCUCCACCCGUCCCGCCGCACCCUCCGGCCACCGGCGCCGCCUCCGGCCCCGUCUACUGGCGCCCGCAGUUCCGCCCGGACGUGCCCGUCACGGCCGAGUGGGAUGCUAAGCUGGGCAACGGACCUGACGGCUGGGGCAACCAGGAGCUCGAGCAUUAUACGGCCAACCCGGAGAACGCCUUUCACACGCCCGACGGCCGUCUCGUCAUCCGAGCCGUGGCCAACUCUGCCGCCCCAAGCCGCGAGCAGCGCUACACCUCCGCCCGUCUCGUCAGCCGGCAGACGCUCUCGCGCGACCGCGGCGUCCUGACGGGCUUCAUCGUGAGCCCCUGUGCCCCCGGCAUCUGGCCCGCCUUCUGGCUGCUGCCGCGCGAGCCCUUUGCCUGGCCCACCGACGGCGAGAUCGACAUCGCCGAGACGUGGAACGGCGACCGCGAGAACCACACCUGCCUGCACUGGGGCCAGCAUCACGAGCCGCAAAAGCAUCGCGUCCUCGGCACCCGCAUCCCCGACAUGCAUGCCCGUCCCGUGCGCUACGACUUCGCCUGGGACCAGCCUGGCGGUCAGGCCGGCCAGGGCCGCAUGCUGUGGUACAUUGACGGCCGCCCCGUCAUGAAGGCCCAGGUGCCGCCCGGCACGCGGCCCCUCCGCGAUAUGACCAUUCUGCUCAACGUCGCCAUGGGUGGCAAUGUGUGCGCCGGCAAGACGCCCGCCGAUGGCUACUACGACAUGGUUGUGUGCGCGUUGUGGAUGGCAGAUGAGCUCGAGUACGGAGGCUGGGGCCGGUUCGAGCACGACUGGGGGAAUCCGGGGACACCCCAGGGCAACACGUAUUGA